GUGAGGGUUGGGUGUCCGCGGGCUUCUCUGCCUCAGUCCGUGUUUGCAGCAGAAAGACUCGCUCUGCUCCCCCCAGCGCUGGGGUGUUGCCGCACGUGUUAGGUUCAAAAUGGCUAAUGUGCUCCAGGACACACAUGCACCCGAAGCUUCUUAUUCUGAAAGUGUUGAUGCUGAGCUGUCCUUUCUGCCUGAAAGACUGAGAAAGAAACUGCUUCCUUUUCAGGAGAAAGGCAUCGUAUUUGCACUUCAGAGGAGUGGCAGGUGUAUGAUUGCUGAUGAGAUGGGACUAGGUAAAACAAUUCAAGCAAUUGCUAUUUCCUACUACUACAGGAAGGAAUGGCCUCUCUUAAUAGUAGUGCCUUCAUCUUUGAGAUAUCCUUGGGUUGAUGAGAUGGAAAAGUGGAUUCCAGAACUAUCUCCAGAUGAUAUUAUUAUCAUUCAAAACAAAACUGAUAUUGGGAGAAUAUCAAGCAGCAAAGUGACGAUUCUGGGAUAUGGCCUGUUAACUUCUGAUGCCCAGACUUUAGUAUACACUCUGUAUAGGCAGAACUUCAAGGUAGUUGUGGUUGAUGAAUCACACUAUAUGAAAUCCAGAAAUGCUAAACGCAGCAAGAUUUUAUUGCCCAUUGUACAGAAAGCCAGUAGAGCAAUUCUUCUUACCGGAACUCCUGCGCUCGGUAGACCCGAAGAGCUUUUCAUGCAGAUUGAGGCACUUUUUCCAGGAAGAUUUGGAACUUGGAGUGAAUAUGCCAAAAAAUACUGUGAUGCUCAUUUGAGAUUCUUUGGUAAAAGAAAACAAUGGGACUGUAGAGGAGCUUCAAAUUUAGAAGAACUACAUCAACUUUUAAGAAAAAUAAUGAUCAGAAGACUGAAGAAUGAUGUUCUAACACAAUUACCUCCCAAAGUUAGACAGCGUAUUCCAUUUGAUCUCCCACAAGCCGCAGCUAAGAAUUUGAAUACCACUUUUGCAGAGUGGGAGAAAUUAAUGAGGAAGUUGAAUUCAGAGCCCACUGACAGCCAUUUUGUUGAUGUCAUGAGUCUAAUCACACGUAUGUAUAAAGAAACUGCAAUAGCCAAGGCAGGAGCAGUGAAGGACUAUAUCAGAAUGAUGCUUGAAAAUGACAAACUGAAGUUCCUAGUUUUUGCUCACCACUUAAGCAUGCUUCAAGCUUGUGCAGAGGCAGUUAUAGAAAAUAAGGUUCGCUACAUACGGAUAGAUGGAAGUGUUCCUUCUGCAGAAAGAAUACAUCUGGUUAAUCAGUUUCAGAAGGAUCCUGAGACCCGGGUUGCUAUUUUGAGUAUUCAGGCAGCUGGUCAGGGUUUAACUUUCACUGCUGCUACUCACGUCGUGUUUGCUGAAUUAUAUUGGGAUCCAGGCCAUAUUAAGCAAGCAGAAGACAGAGCACACCGCAUUGGGCAGUGCAGUUCUGUGAAUAUUCACUUCCUUAUAGCAAAAGGAACGUUGGAUCCUCUUAUGUGGGCAAUGCUGAAUCGCAAGGCCAACGUUACAGGCAGCACCUUGAAUGGCAAAAAAGAGAGAAUGCAGGCUGAAGAAGGUGAUAAGGAGAAAUGGGAUUUUUUGAGUUUUGCUGAAGCUUGGACCCCUAACAACAGUGCAGAAGAUCUCCAGAAUGAACUUCUGUUUACGCAUUUUGAGAAGGAAAGACAGCAUGACAUACGUUCCUUCUUUACCCCAAAAUCUGCCUCUAGAAAGAAACGCAAAAUGUUAUCAGAUAGUGAAUCAUUAAAGGUUGGUGCAGAGUCUUUUGAAGCCGUGAAAGAAGAGGAUUCAGAGAAGAGCAGUGAAGAUCUGGAUUUCACAAGAAUAAGUGAUGUGGAUACAACUUGUCAUGAAAGUGCCUGUCCACAUGAAGCUAAAAGAGCAAGAAGCGUAAGUGGAUCUACUCCAGUCAGCUCCAGGAAGAAAAAGACGUUGACUGGAAAAAUGUCUGCUUUCUUCACAGAGAAGAACAAUGAAGUCCUUCCUUGCAGCUCAAAUGCUUCAAGCAAAGGCACAGCUUUAAACAAAGUUUGGCACUGUAGUGUUUGCACUUGCAGUAAUAACGAAUUGCUUCCUUACUGUGAAAUGUGUAAUUGCCCUCAGAGCAAUAAAGGUGAGAGAAACUGUGAAGUUCCUACUAGCCAGACUGAAAAAGACGUGUUGAAAGACUCCAGAAGUGAUGAACAGAGAGCAGCAUGGGAUGCUGAAGAUGGAAGAGAAGAUUUGGAGGAAUUGGUGACCAAGCAGUCUGAAAUCAGUGAACAAGAAGCUGUCAAAAUCAAAAGUGAAGAAAAUGAAAGAAGGUGUGGAAAAGAUCAAUCAGAUGCAUUUCUAGUAUAUGAUGGGCUAAUGUUCUGUGCAAGCAGGAAUACUGAUAGAAUUCACCUCUAUACAAAGGAUGGUGAACCACUGAAUCUGAAUUUCAUUCCAUUGGACAUACAGCUGGACAACUGGGAGGAUUUAUCAGAGAAUUUCCAACAUAAACGAAAUCGUUCCAUGAUACUGAGGUUUGUGAAAGAAUGGAGUCAUCUAACAGCAAUGAAACAGAAAAUUAUCAGAAAAAGUGGUCAGCUGUUUUGUAGUCCUAUCCAUGCUGCAGAGGAGAUGUGUAAAAAACAGUCUGCGGCAAGCAGCACAAAAAGGUAUGUGACCAAGGAGGAUGUAGCAGCAGCCUCACUUAGCAGAGCAAGCAGCAGUGGGGGCAGCGUGCGCCUCAUCACUAAAGAAAGUAGAGCUUGUCUGAGGAAUGAAAAAGCUUCUAUGGCACAACCAGGUCAUUCCACAAAGUUGUUUUUGGAGAGUGGAAAAAGUCCUUCUGUUCUUCCCUCCAAUUGGACUGAAGUUCAAAACUCCUCCCUACCUAAAGGCUAUUUGCAAGCCCUGGAUGGUGAAGGAAACCCACUUUGUCUCCACUGUCAGCAGCCAACAGCUCAGCUUGACCAAAGCUGCCAGGCCCCUGCCUGGGACACACGGUUCUGCACUCUUUCCUGCCAGGAGGAAUUUUCAAUUCGUUCUAGUCAGGGCUACAUCAGGACUAAGGUGUUUGAAACUGAACAUGGUGUUUGCCAGUUUUGUCAUCAGAAUGCCCAAGAGCUCUAUCUUAACAUCAGAGAUGCACCUAAGACUCAGCGUAAGAAGCUUCUGGAGAGCUCGUGGAUGUCUCAUCUUCCAGUUGGGCAGUUGAAUGAAAUUAUAACAAACCCAACAGAAGGUCAGUUCUGGCAGGUGGAUCACAUCAGGCCUGUUUACAGCGGAGGAGGACAGUGCUCCCUGGGGAACCUUCAGACUCUGUGUACGGUCUGCCACAGAGAGAGAACUGCAAAACAGGCCAAGGAAAGAAGUCAGAGGAAGAGACACUCUUUAGCUACAAAAGGGCCUUGGAUGAAUGCAUGGAAGGAACUCAAUCAUGAUUACAUUUUUAUGGCCCUGCAGUUUAAAGCUGAAUUUCUAUGUAUAACCUUAGUGCAGUUUUGAAGUACUGCAAUUUUCAUAUUAGUUCAUUUACAACUGCAAGAAUUGCAGUCCAAUGCUGCUGAAAUUCAUGUUAAUCUUGCAAUGCUCAGUUGCAGUGGGUUAUUAAGGACUAAGAAGCUAUCUUAGUUAUAAUUGUUCCCUUUGUUCACUCAGUCAAAGGUACUGGAGAAAAUACAGGCUCUGCUCUCCUGACUACAACAAGGCAGGUGAUGUGUUUCUUCUAAAACUGUCUUAUAACUACAUGUAAAAGUUAGCAGUAGCCUGGGAAAGGGCUAUGAAAGGCCCGAUAACUUUAUUUGACUUGGGCACUUUCAGUUCAUGUUUAUUGAAAUAUCUGUUUAAAACAGCUAGCGUUUAAGGUUUGUUUAUGAGAAAUAAUAUCUAUUUUUCCUUGUCUCAUCCAAGGUAAUUCCUGGGAAAUACUAGAGCCAUAUUCUCUUUACCUAAAUCGCAGAGCUAAUGGUUAUUUUGCACUGUUUAAGUAGCUUUCUUUACAGUUACUUCAAAUAAAUCAGCAUCAUCUUACUGCUUCAGUGCCUUUCCUCUGCCCCUUUUAUGUUAUCACUACAGAUAAUUUUUU